AUGCUGUUAUACGCUAUAGUUGCAACGACUCUGCGCUUUUCAAAAGAUACACGGCUUAAUGAAGAAAAUAGGAAACGAUACCAUGACGUGUGCAAAAGAAAAGUUAUAUUAUAUGGCUUGGAUAAUUCCUCCGUCACGGCCUUACAGGCUCUGGUGAUCUUGACGCUGGACGUCGUUGGAACAUCAAAUGGCCCGCCAGGAUGGAAAUUACUUGCUGUCAUCGCUAGAUCCGUCGUCCAACUCGGCCUAGCUGUAGAGGCUACAUCAUCUUUAGUUGCAACCAUGUUUCCAUCCAUAUAUACACUUAGGGCCAACAUCCUUCCUGACUCUAGGAAUUGGGUGGAAGAUGAGGGUAGGCGGCGGCUAUUCUGGGCUGCCUAUCUAUUAGAUAGGUAUUCCACAAUAGCCACGGCCUUCGAUUUCGCGCUAGAUAUUAAGGAAGUGGACCGGAAACUACCAUGCAAGGAUGAAUAUUUCGUCAAAAACCAACCAGUUGAGACGAGAUUCUUGGAUACCCAUGAACAGUUGGAGUGUGUGAGCCGAAGCCAGUACAUGGGUUCCUUCGGAUUCUACAUGGAGGUUCUAGGUAUAUUGUCAAAAAUACACUUAUUUCUCAAACGACCCGUUGAUAUCAGUGCAAUAACUGAUGUUAAUCAGUGGCAAUCCACCUACCGGAAGCUGGAUAAUGAACUGACUGCAUGGGAAUACCAAUUACCGAAAGAGUAUUCAUUCGCCAUGUCCACAAGAUAUUUGGCGCCUUCGAAGUCUAGGUCUGUGCAUUGUGGCUGGAUAAUGUUGCAUGCAGCAUACCAAACCACGAUAAUCCGAUUGCACUCCUCGGCUGCCUAUCCAACUACGCGUUCUCCCAUUUUCACGCCCUCAUAUGGUGCCAUCCAGCGGUGUCUGGCUGCUGUUGAACGAAUUCGCACAAUCGCUGGGUUUGUCGUAGACAAUAACGUCCUUGAUAAAUUCGGUCCCCCUUUUGCAUUUACACUCUGGGUGUCAGCUCGCCUGCUUCUGGUCAACGGUUCGACUGUAGCCCAUACACUAGAUCCUGCAAUUAACUUUUUUGUCGACUCACUUCGCCGCAUGGGCCAAUACUGGAAGGUUGCAAAGCGAUACAGCGAAAUUCUACAGCGAGUUUUGGAUGAAUACAACGAGUUCGAGCAAUCUGGUUCUGCGGAUGCAAACCGUACAGCCCCAUCAUCAGUAAAGAUCCUAGCUGACAUGAGACGGUGUGCUUUUGAUCUCGACUUCUUAAUAUCUCAUCAACCCCCAAGGGCUGGCAGCUCUAGUCAUACACCAGUCGCUGGAGGCUCCACAGCAUCUGUAGGCGGAUUGAUUACCCCAAAAGCCACAAAUGCCACUCCAGUUGCACCACAGCGCAACCUCAGCCCUCAUGAACUUGAAUAUCUGGAUGUCUUUGACUUCUUCAAUGUACCACGCAUUCCUCUUCCAGGAGGAAACGUUGCUGCUCCGCCAAUAAAUGGCUUAGCGGUAAUGGAUCAGGCUCAGCAAAUAACAGUCCCAUCUGCUCAGCCACAGACAAACUCCUCUGCUGUGACUGCGACGGUGGGGGGAAUAUCAGUGACUGAUUUGGCUAAUGCUGCCGCCGCUGGUGCUGCGGCUGCAGCACAGGCAACAAAUGAGUUCAAUAUCACUAACUAUAUGGUUCCGACCCCGGAGACAGAUUGGUUAUUUAGAGCUACCACGUAG